AUGGGUAGGGUCAUUCGCAACCAACGUAAGGGUCGCGGCUCUAUCUUCACGGCCAACACCCGCCUGAACAAGAACCCCGCCCAGUUCCGCACGCUCGACUUCGCUGAGCGCAAUGGUUACAUUCGGGGUGUCGUAAAGGAGAUCGUCCACGACUCCGGUCGUGGCGCUCCCCUCGCCAGGGUCACCUUCCGCAACCCCUACAAGUUCAAGCAGAACACCGAGACCUUCAUCGCCAACGAGGGCAUGUACACUGGCCAGUUCAUCUACGCCGGAAAGAACGCUGCGCUCACCAUCGGCAACGUCCUCCCCCUCGCUUCCGUCCCCGAAGGUACCGUCCUCACCAACGUCGAAGACAAGAACGGUGACCGUGGUGCGCUCGGCCGUACCUCCGGUAACUACGUGACCGUUAUCGGCCACAACCCCGAUGAGGGCAAGACCCGUGUCAAGCUCCCAUCUGGCGCCAAGAAGGUCCUUCCCAGCUCAUGCCGUGGUAUGGUCGGUAUCGUCGCUGGAGGUGGCCGCACAGACAAGCCUCUCAUGAAGGCGUCGCGUGCUAAGCACAAGUUCGCUGCCAAGCGCAACAGCUGGCCCAGGACUCGUGGUGUUGCCAUGAACCCCGUCGACCAUCCCCACGGUGGUGGUAACCACCAGCAUAUCGGUAAAGCCUCGACCAUCUCCCGGUACGCCACCCAGGGUCAAAAGGCCGGUCUCAUCGCCGCGCGGAGGACAGGUCUGCUCCGUGGUACCCAGAAGACAAAGGACUAG